AUGGCUACCCCCACCUUGUCCGCCAUGAUCGACCCGACAAAGCAGGCCGAAUACCCAAUUGUGCUGGGGGAAAGGCUCGCAAGCAACCCCAACACGAGUCGACUGAUCAACGUCAACUACAACCACAAAUCCAAGUCCGCCACCUCACAACAACGUUCCACCAUCACCCACUCCCGAUCGCCCGACCUCUAUGACCUCGUCGUUACUGAUAAGGCCCCGAACGCCGAUCAAACAUUGACCUAUUCAUACAAAGGCAGCGAGGACCCGUCGGGCGAGCGAAGUCUGGUGCUCAUCUUCGACCCGGAGCGGAAGGUCUUCGUUCUAGAGCCGGUCUCAACAACCUUGAACUUUAAUCUACGGUCGGCUCCAGGAAAGACGGAAAAGCAGGUCCGCGAGCAAUACGAACAACUACAGAUCAAGGAAGAGGAUGAACCAGCAACUUCGGGAGAAGACCGGCAUGGGGGGAGCGCCAGCGAGGACGAGGGACCCGCCGACGAUAACAAUCCUUACGACUUCCGGCAUUUCCUCCCAAAGAAUCGCCGGGAGGAUGAUAAACCACCCUCAGGCCACAGCACCCCAGAGCUUGCCACCAGCAGGGCCAGCACACCCUUGAUGCCGGCUGCCAGACCUGCACCUAGACCUGCACCACCUCGACCCAAAACACAAACACAAGCACAAGCAAACCCAUUGCGACAGAAGAACCCGCCAACAAAAGCACCAGCCAAAGUAUAUGCGCCCGCCAAGCCAGCCGAGCCUGUCAGCUAUCCCGACCCGCCUGAGCAUGAAGAGUCCCGCUCCUCGCCGUCCGAUGCAGGCACGGGAUCGCAACAAGCUGGGCAGUCUCCCAGCUCGAACAUCAUCGUUGACGGAGAUCUCAUUAUUGAUAUGGGAUCUCCACCUCCGCGGCCCUUCGUGGACCGGACUUACUUCUCGUCCAAUAAUACUCCAGCAGACGACGAUGGGGAUGAAGACGUUGGGGAGUUUAGUCUACCCUCCCCGGUUGGCAAUACAGCUCCACCUACUUCUGAGGUCCAUACAAGUGCGGCUACUCAAGAGGACGAAAUGGAAGAUGAUGAUGCUUUAGCGGCGGAGAUGGAAGCCGCGUUUGAACAAAGUGCUCGAGAAGAGGAAGCUCGAAGCCACCAGUACAGUCAGCCUACGACCAGGCAGUAUGUUCCCAGUGAUGAUGAGAGUGAAGUCAGUGAGGAAGAGUAA